AUGGACGACUACGCGGCCCUGUCAGACACCGAGCUGGCUGCCUUGCUGCGCCAGUACAACAUCCCACACGGGCCCGUCGUCGGUUCCAAUCGGAAGUUCUACGAAAAGAAAAUCUUCGAGUAUGAGACCCAGAGGUGGAGGCUCUCGCCCUCUAGCUCAUCGUCCUCCUCUUUGUCCCGUCGGUCCUCGGACUUAGAUUCAGCGUCCGUGGACUCGGAUGUGUACGAUCUGCCCAAGAGAGAGGACGCCUUACUUUACCAGAGCAAGAGCUAUAAUCGUGACUACUGUGAGGAGAAUUACUUGACCACCACGACUUACGGGGAGCCUGAGUCUGCGGGCACAUCCGAGGGCUUCCGCCAGCCCUCGGCUUCGCUCCGUGGUGCUGACACCUUUCAGCACCAGGGUCGCGAUGAUGGUCUUUUCUCUUCUGAAGAGGAGGGCAACGAUAGGGAACGCCACGUGUAUGGCCGGGACAGUGCCUACCAGAGCAUCGCACACUACCGCCCAGCUUCCAACAUCUCCAGAAGCUCCCUGGGCCUGUCCCGUUACCCCAGCUACUCCUCCACCUCUGCCGUGUCCUCACCUUCAUCUCCUCUUUCGUGGCUCGACCGCCGUGCCAUCCGGCCAGAAGAGUGGGCCCCUGAGGCUGCAGAAGAGUGGGUCCCUGAGGCUGAUCUGGGCGAGGAUCACGAGCUCCCACUUUGGAGCGACCUGCUUCAAGUUCUGAUAUUUACUCUAAUAUUGUAUCUUCUCUAUCGCUGCUUGCUGGCCUAG